CAGAGUGCUGCGAUGCAGAGCUGGCGAUUGCUGGGGGAGCACAUGGAGUUGAAAGGGGGUCGUGGUCCCAUUUCCCAACUUUGUUGUUUGUCAAUCGCAACAACCCUCGAGAUCACCAAACAAACACCAUCGCGACAUUGCCUUCUGUCCUUUUUCUUAAUUCUCCUUUGCGACCUGUUCUUUCCAUACGCCCCUAACGAUACCCCGUAUAAUCCUAUAACAUAUUUAUAAUGGCUUCCGAAAAGGUCUACCGUGCCAGCACCACGGCCCCCGUCAACAUUGCCGUCGUCAAGUACUGGGGCAAGCGCGACACCAAGCUCAACCUCCCAACCAACAGCUCUCUCUCUGUCACUCUCUCCCAAGCCGACCUCCGCACCCUCACCACCGCCUCCUGCUCGGCCUCGUACCCCGAAGGCGACUCCCUUCUUCUCAAUGGCGAGCCCUCUGAUGUGUCUGGUGCUCGCCCCCAGGCAUGCUUCCGUGAGCUGCGCGCCCGUCGCGCCGCCCUCGAGGCUGCCGACCCCUCGCUCCCCAAGCUCUCCACCAUGCCCCUGCGCAUCGUCUCCGAGAACAACUUCCCCACCGCUGCCGGUCUCGCCUCGUCUGCUGCCGGCUUCGCUGCCUUUGUGAGGGCCAUCGCCAAUCUCUACGAGCUCCCUGCCUCCCCUUCGGAGCUGAGCUUGAUCGCCCGCCAGGGCUCCGGCUCUGCCUGCCGCAGUCUGUUUGGCGGUUAUGUUGCCUGGCGCAUGGGUGAGGCUGCUGAUGGAAGCGAUUCCAUGGCCGACCAGGUUGCCGAGGCCUCGCACUGGCCCGAAAUGCGCGCCCUCAUCCUCGUCGCGUCUGCCGCCAAGAAGGGUGUCAGCUCGACCUCGGGUAUGCAGCAGACUGUUGCCACCUCCGGUCUCUUCCAGGAGCGCAUCAAGUCGGUGGUGCCCAAGAACAUGGAGAUCAUGGAGAAGGCGAUUGCGGAGCGUGACUUUGCCGCCUUUGCUGAGGUUACCAUGCGCGACUCCAACUCCUUCCACGCUACCUGCGCCGACACCUAUCCUCCCAUCUUCUAUAUGAACGAUGUUUCGCGCGCCGCUAUUCGCGCCGUCGAGGCCAUCAAUGCCGCUGCUGGCCGGUCCGUUGCCGCUUAUACUUUCGAUGCCGGCCCGAACGCCGUCAUCUACUACCUCGAGCAAGAUACCGAGGCUGUUGUUGGCAACCUCUACAGCGUCCUUAGCGAGGUGGAUGGCUGGAAGGCGUCCGCCGCUGAGGGCCUCAAGUCCAACGUUUCCUUUGACGAGAGCGUUGCCGGCUUGCUGAAGAACGGUGUUAGCCGUGUGAUCAUGACCAGUGUUGGCGAGGGUCCAGUUGCGACACAGGAGUACCUGGUGGCUGAGGAUGGCACCCCGGUUAAGAGCUCUUCUUAGAGGAGAUGGGUUCGGAAGGGGGACAUUUCGCCCCCUUCGACUGGGGCUUCUUCUAGAGUUACUGACUACCAGCGCCUCUAGGUCAUAAUAAG